AUGCUGACAACUGAGCUUGCUCAAACAAUGACGGAUAAUCCACAAGGAGCACAGCAAAAUGUCUCGGGUGAAGAUAGCCGCCCACUUGAACGAGAAAGUCAAGCCAUGCGCAGUGUGGUGAGAAGCAUGGUAGCCAACAUGGAGCACGUGAUCAACGACUUACAAGGUAUCAUGGGGGAUAUCCAAUCUCUCGUGGUACAGAUUGAUACUGUGACUGAUCAAAUCGACAAGCAGUGCGGGGCACACCUGGAUGGUUCAGAUAACCCCAGCAGAUCACAGUAUUGUGUCCGCAGACCACAUUUUGUGCACGGAACUCAACUGUGCACAGGAUCUGUACACAACGCAAUAUACUCACAAGUCGAUUCUGAGAAAAGUUCAGCAUCAGAAAAUAUGCCGGCGACAAACAACUGUUCCCGUCAUAGCGUCGUGCGAGUCAAAGCGUUUCGCAGAGACUCACCUGCAGAAGAACCAAACUCCCAGGAUUAUGAGCAGCCCAUAUGCCAAAGCGGAGUCUCCAUUAGUUUAGAUCAAAAGAAGGAUGCACGGUUGCCUUGUUCAUCCAGAAGCUUCAGUCACUUCUCCAAAGAAAGUAGCCAUAUCGUUUCUCCAAGUGGAGGUAUUGCUAUAGUUUAUCCAACUAUUAAAAGCAACCCAGUCGCUUCUUCAGAUACUGAGCCGACAAACGAGGGAUGUGAUGUAAAGAAGAUUUCAGUUGGCGGCUUGCAUUUACAGAAUAGCUCACCACUAAAGCGAAGGAGUUUACUCAAUAAACCACUGCAAAUAUUUUCCAAACUACUUUUUCACGACAACGAAUCAACAGAAAAUAAACAGACGGCAGCUAAACAAAGACACGGUGUCACAUCAGUUUAUAAUAUGUCUUUUCAGCCUGUGACUCCUACUGAACAGCGUUCCCCUAUUAUUUCUCCAGGUCAUAAAAGCCCUCAUUUACAGACAUCAAUGUAUGACAUUUUGAAGUCCUCCACCUCUAGCAGAGCUGCCUUGCAGGACGGUAAACCUCACAGAAUUAGCUGUCCGACUCCUGAGAAAAGCUAUAUCUCCAGCAGCCCAAGUCAUAAAUACUGUACUAUAGGAGGGUCUCUGUCUAAAAGCCUACAGACGCACUACGAGUCGUCAGUGCAAAACCAAAAUGUUCUCGCAAGCCCACUUCUAAAACGUUCUUCUGCGAGGGCCGUUUACAGCAAAGUCCUUGGCUCUCCUGCUAGCAGCCGGAGGUCCCCUGGUACAUUCCGCAGACUGGGAAGAGAGAACUAUUAUUUCAGUAUAGAGAGUGACUUAGAUUCAGAAGCUCUCAUUGAGAAUAUAGACAACCGCAGCUUGACUCCAGACAUUGACUGGUCAUAUCUGAACCUCUUUGGAAGCGAACAGUUUACUGGUAACCAAACGCGAAUUUUCCACACUCCAGAGAGCGACCAUGGCUAUGAAAUCCCUGUGGUUCCCACUAAAGUAACUCAGCAGUUCCAGCUUCUUCAAACUAGUCCAGAUGUUGUAGGUAGACUUCCAGUAAUCAAAAUACAGCCAGUAUCGACAGCAGAACCUUACCUUUUGAGUGACUCGAAUAUCUCGCUCCAGCUUCACAAUGUUGUGGACGAAGUGUACACACAUCCGGUCAUGGCUCAUAUAUUCUGUAGCGAAGUCAGUUCUUUCAAAACAAGUGGAUAUUGUGGCUGGUAUGAAUCUGUUAUGGAUUCGGUUUUAGAAAACGUUGCCGGUUUUGAGUCGUUUGAAGAGGCCUGUGAAGACUUUGAAAACAGUGAGACUCUAAAUGAGACCUAUAUAAGCUUUGAAGACCAAUUUGAAGAGGAUGAUUGGGAUAUGGGCAUGGAAUCAGAAGACCAGUUUGGAUUUGGAUUGCAUCCCUUUGAUUUUCAAACCCUGUAUGGUUUUGGUGGGUUAUUUGCGAGGUUGCAAGUAAUAGACGACAAUAGUAAUUUAUUUUCUGGCAGAAAUAACUUAGCUUCUGUUAGCAGAUCGCCACUUUAUACAAAAAAUAACGAUAGAGGAAAUCGGUUACUGGUGAGAGAUUUAGACAAAGGUAAUGAGGCUAGCAUCGAAAACGUUAGGCAGCAAAGAUCGUCGACAACUUUUACAGAUACAGACAUAUUUGAAGACCUUUCUUUUGCAGACAAUGCAGGGAAAUCGUUUACAGAUGACGACUGUUGCGCAAUAAAACCUAGCGUCACAGACCAACAUCAGAACUUUAUUCUAUGGCAGAAAGCCUUAGUUCCCAGAGACCUUCGCCUGCUCAGCGAUGGAACCAAGAGUAUGAGUGUCACGGAGUGUGAAACGGAAAUGUCAUCAUCAGACGACACCUCGUGCCAGGCUGUUGGAACAGGGUCGCCAAUGUCAUUUAGCUCACCUGAAGGGAUCCUAACGUCUCCCGACACUGACCGCUUUGUUACGUCAUCUGAAGGCGACGAUCUGUUUACAUCACAAGAAGAUGCCUACUUUCAUUUCUCGGAAACACAAGACAAUGCUAAUGUAUCCGCUGCCAGAGCAACCAUGCUGCAGUUAAGACGGGAAUUUUUCGAAUCACUGUACAAUGUUUGCGAAAGGAGAGAGAAAGAAAUGUCACAAGAUAGUGAAUCAAAGUUAGCAGCUGAAGAAAGAGAUCGAUAUGACCCGAGUUUCCCAAGGAUUGAUAACAGCCGAGACAACGUGUCUGAAACUGGUAGCUACCAAGAAGACGUCACAAGUUACAACAAGAGCAUCAAUACAUGGACGGCAUACGCCAUGGUUCACCUGCAAGCAGACGAUAUAUCAGACAGUACUUCAGACAUCUUCAAUGAGAAUAACAUUAACUGCAGCAUGACAUCUUCCUACCUGGAUGCUGAUAACAUCGGCAGUGCCCCAGAAAAUCAAGGGUUAAUUUGUUAG